UCCUAGACAGAGACAGAGGGCUUGAACGGCUUAAAUGAGGGGAAUGAAGUUCGGAUUCAAAAGUCUGUAAUCACUUUCGAUCACUUUAUAGUUACAUUCGUCACUACAAAUUUUCAACAGUUAAGUAAUUCGGGUGAACGACCGGUCAUUUGUGAUCCGUGACUCCCCUACGCCGAUUAUAGUUAUUAGGGUUAAUAGGGGGUCAAGGUGGUCAAGGUCCUCGCAAACUAGGAGCUGUAAGAAGGGUAUGAAGUGUGUGAACACGUCUUGUAGGUGGUUGACAUUUGUGUUGCCGUUGGAAUCUGUUGUGAAUCUGGUAACGUGAUAGAUGGAGCUUCAGUUUUAACCGGUCUUAACCGGGGCUUAACUGAUUCGUUCUCACAUCUUCGUGUUGUGCUAGCAAGAAUAUAUGGAAGAAGGAUAACGAAAUCCCAUGGUAUUUUCGGUGAGAACAUCGUCAUCGGUGAUGAGUUUAUGUUGGAAUUUCAAUAAAAUAUUGAAAUUCCAGUGCUAAUAUACAGUAAUCCUUUGACGUGGAAGUGGCGUUCUCUGUUUUAUAAUUUUCACUAAUUUGACUUGAGUGUUGCAUUAAAACCGGCGAGUUUGUUAUUUAAAUUAAUAUGAAUUAAAGUCCAGAUUGCGCCAUGAGCCCCGUACAAAUUGGUUUGGUUGAUUUGGUUUAAUUAAGUGGACUUCGCACAAGAUAUGUAAAGAAGACAUGUACCAUAAUAUGUACUUUCACUUCAAGGUUGCUUAUGUAUUAUCAGACUUAACUGUGUAGGCAGAGCUAAACAAGUCGUAAAUCUUAGGGUACGUACACACAGACAGUGUCGCGGGGCGGGGCGGCGCGGGAUGAUCAACACAAUGCAGAGGUAUGAGACGCAACAAACAUACAGCAACUUGAGGCGGAGCGGUGCGUUGCGGAGCGGUGCGGGUAACUCUGGAACAGUCUAGUUUGUUUUGUGGAAGCGAUUGAACGCGGCAACAUGGACGUAGAACUGCUCAUAACAGAAGUAUUUGCCAGACCACCGAUUUGGCAAAGAAAACACAAGCAUCAUCGCAACAGAGGUGUAAUUGAGAAGAUGUGGGGAGAAAUAGCAAAAGCAUUAGAUUCAACAAAUAAUCUGAAUGCAUGACAAGAGUAACUUUCAUCUACUGCAAAGAAGAGAAAUCUUAAUCAACAGCAAAGAAGUGACAUAGGAGCUGGGGCGUAGUUACAUUAAGUUACAAGGAAAUACGCAAGGAUGUCCUGUGGCUUCAAUUGCCCACUGGUAUGGGGCAUAUUAGUUUUUCUUAUAGGAUUCAAGCUGUAUGUGAAAUUAACCACUGGUGUGUGCAGGAGUAAGAAGCGUCUAGAUGGAAAAACUGUCAUAGUUACUGGAGCAAACACAGGUAUUGGGAAGGAGACAGCACGUGAUCUUGCUCAGAGAGGGGCUAAAGUUAUCCUCGGCUGUCGAGAUUUGGAGAAAGGGAAAAAGGCAUGUGAUGAAAUUAUUGCUAGCACGGGAAAUGCAAAAGUAGAGGUGCAGCAUCUGGACUUGAGUUCUUUAGCUUCAGUACGAAAAUUUGCCAACAAUAUUAUCGACACCGAGCCACAUCUGGAUGUGCUCAUUAACAACGCAGGAGCUACCAGAGUUGAACAGAAACUUACAGAUGAUGGACUCUUGCUUGGCAUGCAAGUGAAUCACUUUGGGCACUUCCUCCUUACUUGUCUGUUAGUUGAUCUGCUGAAGAGAUCAUCUCCAAGUCGAAUAGUAAUAGUGGCAUCAGAAUUACACAGACUUGGAUCAUUGGACUUGGAUGACUUUAAUUCUGUAAACGUAUAUGGAAGUGAUCGAAUAUACUGUAACAGCAAAUUGGCAAAUGUUCUGAUGUCAAAUGAACUGGCCAGGAAGCUCAAAGGAACAGGUGUAACAGUGAACAGCCUUCAUCCUGGUGUUAUACUUUCUGAUUUCUUUAGAAAUUUUGGACCAAUUGUUGGCCCAAUUGUGAAGUUUUUUUUGCUACUGUUUUGCAAGGAUGUCCAUGAAGGUGCCCAAACCUCCAUCUUUCUAGCAGUUUCUGAAGAUGUGGAAGGAGUAUCUGGCAAAUAUUUUACAGACUGCAAGGAUGCAAGUGCAUCAAAGUCAGCGUUGGACGAGGGUCUGGCCAAGAAGCUGUGGGAGAAGAGCGAGGCCCUAGUAGGUCUCAGUCCAGAAGAAGCAGACUUCUAAAGCAUGAAUAUCUUCAGCUUUCAUUGUCAAAAUAUUUCUCCUGUGUAUGAUGAAACUUCCAUCCUGACUUCAGGCAGUGAAGUAGUCUUUGGCAAUCUGGUUUAGUGUACAACGUUCUGGAGAAUCUCUCAUCGUCAGGUGUUUAUGUUAUGAGUUUUGCUUCUGCAUAUUGUAUUUAUGCCACACAAUGUGAUGAAAUGAGAGAGCUAAAUCAUCAUUAGGAAGUACUGACAGGCUCCACCUUAUGGUCUCCCAGCAGUCCAUGCCAGGGGAAGACACCUGAGACCAUCUGACUCUGCCCACUGUUCCCUCAGUGGUAUGCUCUAUGACAUCUGGGAACUUAUUUUUUGUUGCUAGUGGGGUGGGACUAAGUCCCUUGUACUGUGGCCACUUCUGGCCUAUUGUACCAGCCCCAGA